AUGCCUUCACAACUGAAGCAACUCCAGCAAACAGUGCAGAAUGCAGGGAUAAAUAAACACCAGCAGCCAAACAAGAGAAAGUUCGAAGGCACAUCCACCACUCCUUCCGACAAAGAAAAGAAGAAGAAGGUCAGCAGCGAUAUACACUCAAAAUUUAACAAGUUCGAUACUCAAGUGCAGCGCCUCAAGCAUAAUGUGGGCGGUAGAAAAGUUAUUGGCAGCCUCGGUGCACCCGCCAAAGCCAAGCAAGCCGGUAUAGACAGUCGUAAAGAAGCACUGCUGCCUGCACUCCAGAACCGAAACAGAACAGGCCAAUUCAAAGACAGGAGGUUUGGCGAGCAGGACCCAACUCUCGACGAGGAGGAUAGGAUGCUCGAGCGAUACCAGGCCGAGAAGGCCAAUACUGGCAAACGUACUCGAAACAACGCCGACUACAAUCUCGAAGAUAAUGAUGAAUUGACUCAUUACGGCCAGAGCCUCGCUCUUAACGAUGACUUUGCUAAUGCUGGUCUGGCCGAUGAUGACGACCCCGCCGAGAGUACUCGUUUUGACGCUUUCGGCGGCUUUGGUGACGGCGAGGAGGAAGAACCCAUCGAUUACUCUCACCCAGAUGCACCCCCUCGACGCAAAACUAAGGCAGAGGUCAUGGAGGAACUCAUCACUAAAUCUAAAGCACACAAAAUGGAAAGACAGCAGCAGCGUGAAGAUGACGAUGCGCUUAGAGAACAAGUUGAUGCUGAUCUUGAUGAUAUUAAAGGGCUGCUUUUUGAUGGUACAGCAGAAAAUGACAAGGAGAAGGAGAGAAAGAAUAGAGAAAGGAAUGCCCCUUACAAAGGAGACAAGAGCGGUAACGAAGAUUACGACCAAUUCGUUAGACAAUUGGCCUUCGAUAGACGCGCAAAACCUACCGAUCGACUCAAAUCUGACGCUGAAGUGGCUUUCGAAGCUAGAGAAGAACUUGAAAAGAAUGAGAAGGCAAGAUUGCUUAGAAUGAGAGGCGAGGAUGACUCUCAAGUUACCAAUCCCACCGGUGGUUUUGCUGCGAAAAGACAACGUGCUCGUGAAGAAGAAGAGGAGGCUGAGAAUGAAAGUCAUGACGAUGAAAACCCCUCAGAUGAUGAACAAGUGGAAAAUGCCGAGUCUUAUGGUAUUGGUAAGGGUCUUGGUGGUGAUGAUAGUGAGCAAAGUGAUGAUGAGGAUCAUGAGGAUGUCAAUGAGGAGGGGGAGAAUUACCAAGACGGUGACUCUGACGACUCUGAAGAUAGCAUCGCUGAAUCAAAUGAAGGCGAACUCGGUGAUAUGCCACAGAAAAAUGAUGCACCAGUAGAGAACCUAGUUAGUAGCAAGAAAAAGUCAUCAAAAACACCCUCAAAUACCUCCUCAAACCUCCCAUACACCUUUGAAUGCCCAUCGAAUCACGAUGAAUUCAUGGACAUUGUUGAAUCUAACAACAUCCAGCCUUCUCAAAUCCCAAUAAUGAUUGAGAGAAUACGCACACUCUAUCACCCCGAAUUAGGUGAAGAAAACAAAGCAAAGUUGGCGCUCUUUAAUGGCGUUCUACUCGACCACCUCCUAUACACAGCGUCAACGAGUGUCGACAUGAAGAUAAUGGAGACCAUUUCUCGUCAUAUUGAGCAGCUCACAAAACUACUGCCAAUCCCAUCAGCCGAUAUAUUCAAACAGAAGCUCGAGCUACUUGAGCGGAAUUUCAACAAGGGUGUCUCAGCCGGCGCGACGAACGAUAAGAGCAAAACGUGGCCAGGGAUACCUGAACUGAGUAUACUUAGGGUAGUUGGUGUUGUGUGGUCAACUUCCGACUACAGUCAUCCUGUAGGAUCUGCAGCACAACUGCUUAUCGGACAAUACCUCUCACAGGCGCGCAUAAGGAGUUUGAGUGAUAUAAUCAAAGGUUUGGUACUUUGCGGCAUUUCUUUGCAGUAUGAACAUUACUCAAAGAGAUUCAUACCGGAAGUAGUAAACUUUCUGAUUAGCAGUGUGCUUAUUCUGGGUGGAGUUGGCAGGGAAAUGAAUGUUCCGGGACAGCAUCCAGUUCCUGAUGUAGGGCGAUUGCGGGGAGUGGCGAUGAAUAACCCGGUUGUUACGCCAAGUGAUACGAACCUCAGAGACAUGCUCACUCAAAGCGAAUCAAAUUCACAGUCUGACCAACAACAAGCCAAGGUAGACGUGAUGGAUAGGAUACUCACGAUUUCCCGCGAAGCAGCGCAAAUGUGGAGUGCGCUUGAUGGAUUCAUCGAAGCGUUUGAUCCACUCGUUGGGAGUUUGAGGAUGGUCGAGAAGAGGGGAAUGUUGGGAAGCGUGAAAAAUAAGACAGAAAACACCCUACAACAGCUUGGCAAUCAGGUAAAAUUUGCGAAACAAUCGCGCAGACCAUUGAGAAUGCAGCAACACAAACAAAUCGCUAUCAACUCGCUCGUACCUAAGUUUGAAGAGAACUAUAACGCAGAUAGGAGAUACGAUCCAGAUCACGAUCGAGCCGCAACAUCGAAACUCAAGGCAGAGGUUAAGGCGGAGAGAAAGGGAGCUAUACGGGAGUUGCGUAAAGAUGCCAAGUUCAUCGCAGGGCAUAAGCAGAAGGAACGCAGAGAGGAGCUGGAUAAAUAUGAGGAUAAAAUGCGUAAGAAAGUGGAUCAAUUGGGUGAUGAGAGGGCAGAAGAGAAGAGUGAACAGAAAGCCAAGGCCAAGUUCAAGAAGAUGGCAGGGAAAUGA